AUGGGACUAAAAGUCGCAAUUAUCGACCAGUGGUCGCAGGAGCCGGACCUUCCGGUCUUGUCACUGCAAAAACACUCUUGCACAACUUUCCUCAUGGUACAUUCUCUCCUAUCAUUUUUGAUACUCGCCAUGAGGUUGGUGGUCUUUGGACUCAGGGGGACCUUGGACCCUUCCAUGAGGACUAAUCUGAGCAUGUUCACGGUCGCUUUCUCUGAUCUGUCAUGGGAGUCAGUAAUGGGAAAUUCUGGGAUCCCAAUGUUCCCACAAGCGAGGCAAGUAGGGCAGUACUUGGCUGCAUAUAGAAAGCGAUACAUUCCGGAUGAUGUGCUGAGACUCGGGCAUCGGGUUUUGAAGACUGAACGAACAGCCGAGUCUGCAUCUCCAUGGAUGAUACAGUGGAGGAGAGAGGUUCGCGCCCUUUUGAGGUAA